GGCGUCUAAUGAGAAUCUGCCUUUGCUGUUUCUUCUUCUUCUUCUUCAGCACUUCUCCGGUAUCCACCUUGUCAGCCGCCGAUGGCACACCAGCCGGUGUGACACACAGCGUCACUCCACUCACAGCCUCGCCGCCUGGGUCGAAGCCCUAAUCGAGAGCGAUGCCGCGUCCCAGAGGCAGGAAGCGUGCGGCGGCGGCGGCGGAGGAGGAGGAUGCGGCCACGCGGGGGAGGGGGAAGCGUGUCAAGGCGUCGCCCAAGCCGGAGACGGAGGCGGAGUACUUCCCCGAUAAGCGGAAUCUGGAAGAUCUUUGGUUGUCAGCCUUUCCUGUUGGGACUGAGUGGGAAAAUAUUGAUAAGAUAAAGGAGUUCAACUGGAACUUUGAAAAUUUGGAGAAAGCCCUAGAAGAAGGGGGAGAGCUUUAUGAGAAAACAGUUUACUUGUUUGGAAGCACUGAACCUCAACUAUUGGGUGUGAAUGGCGAAUCGAAGAUAGUACUUAUUCCUAUUGUAGUUGCUGUUGACUGUCCUUUUCCUCCUUCAGAUAAAAUUGGUAUAAAUUCUGUCCAAAGGGAAAAUGAAGAGAUAUUGCCAAUGAAAGCAAUGAAGAUGGCCUGGGUGCCUUAUUUUCCGCUAGAGGACCGGCUCAGUAGGAUUGACAGUUUGAAAACAAAAAUAUUUACUCUUGGCUGCACUCAGCGGAGGUCUGCACUGAGGCAUCUCAAAACCGAACGAGUCAAGCUGUUUGACUACUGCAUGCCAUAUUAUAUGCCACUAAAUCCUCCUGAAAAUGAAGAUGAUACAGUUAUCAAUAUCCUAUAUCCUUUUGAACCACCGAUAUUUUGUGAGUUUAACUGGGAGAUGGAUGAUUAUGAGGACUUUGCUGAUGAGAAAGUUAAAGAGGAGGGGCUACCGGAGGAUGAGAGAGAAAAAAUGAAGGAAUUCCUAAAGGAGAAGGUUAGAGAGAGAAAAAGAGAGCUGAAACAGGCUAAGGAAGCUAGAAAGAAAGCUAUUGAUGAUAUGGAUCCUAAGAUCAAAGAGGCAUUUGAAAAUAUCCAAUUUUACAAAUUUUAUCCUGUAAAAACUCUAGAUACUCCUGAUGUAAGCAACGUAAAGGCAAGGUACAUCAAUAGAUAUUACAGGAAUGCACACCAUCUGAUGUAAUUGCAUCCAAUCGUGCAUUUUCACUGAGCAUUGCCAAAGAACUGAGCUGUCAAACAUGGCACCGAAAUUUUGGAAGCCGUGGUUGAUUUUGCAAGGGGUUAUGUGCGGGCUCAACGGUGUUGGAUCUGGUGAUGGUGGCGCUAAUAAAAAAUCAUAUUUUGUCGCCAGUGGUCAUGGUGCUGAUGCUGACUGUCAUGGAGCAUGGAUAGUGGCUAGCCUAGUGGCCCCACUAGUCAGCUGCUACGUGCUAUAUUUGCCAGGCAAGUUGGUUUAGUGAAAAGAAGCAGCGCCAUCCAUGGUACUCGUCCAGUCCGCGGGAUCUCGUGUCGCGAAUUCACGAGCAGCCACGGUCGAAAAGGAGAGAUGCAGGAUUGCAACGCCGUGCGCCGUGCGUGUUGUGACACGGCAUCUUAAUUUCGCACCAAACGAAGGCGCAACCUUAGCUGGAGAAACUUGCAGGCUACCUGAAGCUUGAAGAGUUCAGAUCAAUUGGUCAACUGAAGAUUAGUUUACACCUGUCACCAAUUUGUGCUUCUCUUUGAUUUGUAAGAAGCAUAGUAAAUUUUGAUGAUUUCAGUUCUAUAGAAAAAAUCCUAUAAAAACCUUCGAAACUAAGUAUUAAAAUUGAAUUCUAUAAAUCCUUCAUAACAUUUUUAUGGGAUGAACAAUCCUAUAAGGAUUGUGGGAAAAUAAAUAGCAUGAGCUCUUAUGUAGUCUA